ACGCCCGUGUUAAACACAAGAGAGGAAGACGUACCAAAACACGCUGAUAUACAGAGUUAGUUGUACAGUUAAAUAAAUGUUUUCCUUGUUGAUUUCGCUUUAGGUGGGCUUAACGUUUCUACUAACGAAAACGUUGAAUGUUGCAUGAUUUGGACGUUGGUUAUAUUAUUGUAACCUAAACCUGAGCAGAUGAAUAGCAACAAGAUCGGUGUCUUGGCCAAACACGUGUUUCUGUGCAGAUAUGCAUGGAGAGAAUUAUGUACAAAACAUGUCCUUGGUAGGAGGUACAUGACCUUUGCUAAAUGUAAACCAAUCAGAUUUUCUCAAUGUACCUCAAAAUUGAGCACUGCAUUUGCAGUUCUGCCAGCAAGGACCUUGUCUUUGACAGCUUGCAUGUUCAAGCGCAAAAAUCACAACACAGAUAACAGCAGUCUAGAGAAAGAGGAAGUUGAAAAUGAUGAGGCAGAAAUAGAGGAGCUAUUCCAGCAGCAGAUCCCCACAGGUAUUGGUGAAGAAGAACACAGGGUCUUUAUUGUUCAUCCUGAUGUGAAAUGGGGCAGCAGAAAGCAAUAUCUGACCACAGCGGCACUUCAGAUGGAAGAAGCUGUGGGUCUGGUGAACACUUUGUACAACUGGAGUGUUGCUGAUAAGAUUAUCCUCUCCACCAAGACACCAGAGAAGAGAAGAAUUUUCGGCAAAGGAAACUUUCAGACUCUGACAGAAAAGAUCAGAGCUACUCCUGGGGUCACAGCUGUUUUUGUGAACGUUGAACGUUUUUCGCCUUCCUCGGAAAAAGAAUUGCAGGAAGCCUGGGGAGUAAAGGUGCUUGAUAGAUACUCACUUGUUCUGCAUAUUUUCCGCUGCAACGCUAGAACAAAAGAGGCCAAACUGCAGAUCUCUUUGGCAGAGAUUCCCUUGCUCAGAUCACGCCUGAGAAAUGAAGUUGCUAACUUAGACCAGCAAGGUGGUGGCUCAAGGUACAUUAUGGGCUCAGGUGAAACCUUGUAUGAAAUGCAGCAGCGAUUGUUGAAGGAGCGAGAGCUAAAGAUCCGAUCAGCCCUGGAGCGACUUAGGAGGAAGAGGCAUCUGCUGCGCUCCCAGCGCAAACACAGAGACUUUCCCAUCGUCUCUGUCAUGGGCUACACUAACUGUGUCUUUGUUUCUAAAGGUAAAACAACUCUGAUUAAAGCGCUGACUGGAGAUGCUGGUCUCCAGCCUAAAGACCAGCUCUUUGCCACUCUGGAUGUUACAGUACAUGCAGGACAGCUGCCAAGUCACAUGACUGUACUGUAUAUAGACACCAUUGGCUUUUUGUCCCAGCUCCCUCACCAGCUUAUUGACUCUUUCUCUGCCACGCUGGAGGAUGUAACACAUUCUGACCUCCUAAUUCAUGUGAGAGACAUCAGUCAUCCAGAAACUGUGAAUCAAAAGGUCAAUGUACUGAAUGUACUAAAGAAUCUACAGAUUCCAGAAAGACUACUGAAUUCCAUAAUAGAGGUGCACAAUAAGAUUGACCUCAUUGAAGGAUAUGAGGUCAGUGAUCCUGAGGUUAUUCCAAUAUCAGCUCUGAAACAGCAUGGACUGGAGCUAUUAAAAGAAAAGAUUGAAGAAGCUGUUGUUAAGUAUACCGGCAAACAAACAAUGACCCUCAAAGUGCAGCUCAACAGCCCUCAGUUAGCUUGGCUGUAUAAGGAGGCAACGGUUCAGGCGGUAGAUAAUGUGGGAGACGACUGCACCGCCAACGUCAAGGUCAUCAUUAGUCAAGCUGCAUAUGGCCGCUACAGGAAGCUGUUUCAGGUCACGUAGUAACAGACCACACAGUUUCACAGCCAGUGCCACAUCAUCCAAAAUAAUUCACACACUCAGCGCAAUAAUUGAUGUUUAAAUAUUUAUUUGCUUUAUAAACAGUGUAUUUCAAAUAUCUCAAAACCAAUAUUUUAAUACAAUAAAUUCUGACAUUGAGAAACAAAGUGGAUUUGUGUUAAUAUACAGUAUAAACCAGGGAUCCUCAAAUCUGGCCCACGAGA